ACUUGUUUUUCCUGUUUGAACCUGUUCUGACAAGUUGGUAUCCUAGAGGUGUGCAUGUGAGCCACAGUUGUUUGCGUCUCUGUUUUGGACCUUCUCUCCACCUUACCAUCAUCACUAACUAGUACUAUUCCUUAGUUCAUUCUAUAGACAUGCCCCAGCACACCCAGGCGCGAUCUUGGGGUACUCGUUUUGACACAUUACUCUCUGCUCCUCUCUCCCCAACAGAAGGUCCUACUCAAGACAUCCCUUUGACCAUUAACGAGGCAUGUGACGACUCUAAGAAGUCUGCAGACAGAAUCGUUCAAGACGCUAGCAUCUUCAUCGGAAGUCUACCGACUAAUAUCGAUCAUCUGGAGUUAACUCGUAUGCUUUCUGAUCAUCUUUCUGAUCACCCAGAGGUACAGACCAUCAAGGUCGUUCGUGAUUCAAAGGGCGGAACUUGCGCAUUCAUCCAGUGUCAGGACGCUGAGACAGCGGCGAUGCUAAUCGCAAAUUUGCAUUCGUCGGACCCUAAACAAUUCAUGGGGCGUUACUUACGCUACGAGCCCGCACGAGCCUUGAGAACCCUACUCAUAUCCUACCGUACACCACGUCAGUUUGUGCCUUCGUCAGACACCAAAUCAAGCUUUGGCGACCUUCAGGAUGGUCAGCCUGUCGACAUUAACUUGCCUUGGGCGAUGAAAAUAUCUAGGGUCCUGGGCUCCCGGCACCUGUCACUCCUGUACAACUCGGAUGCGCGUGCCGCAGCGGAGAAUGAAGGCCUUCUGCCUCUCGGCGAUCGAGAGGCAGAUGAAUCCGGGGCGUAUUUUAACCCGCUGCUUUAUAACGCCGAAACUUUAAGAAAGAUAUCCACCAUCUUCGGGGCUAUCGAACAUUUUCUCCCUCACGAAUUCGAAUCAGGUGUUCAGCAAGAGUAUCCUUCUCCGCAUAAUGCACACCGCUCUGCAGAAAUGGAGACAGGUUGCUGGGAAAUAAAAUGGUGCCACCGUGAUGACUGCGUUGGUGCUCUGAUGACUCUACGCCGAGUCCCUCACUUGACUGUGACUUGGGCUCACCAUCCAGCUCACCCACGCCAGCCGAUGCCAUACCAUGGCGCCCAGCCUGUCCAAAUUAAUCAACAUCAUUGGCAAGGUCAAGCAGUCAACUCCACGCCUGUGACUCCGUCGCAUUUCGCAUUUCCAAACCGGUUUUCAUCCAUAGAUUCGCUCGUUCCCUGUCAUCCUGGCACACAACCGAUUUCAUCGUCAGCUAGCCUUGGCAACAUCUCGCGUAAUUCGAAUCGAGCAUCUACUGCACUGUGCGAUAUGACCUGGUCCUCACAGAACAGCGCGUUGGAUGUGACAGGCACGGCACCAAAACGUCCUCGAGCUCUAUCAUUGAGCCACAAGCCAUCAGGUGUGGACAAGAAGCACUUUCCGCCCGUCUCUGAACGAGAAACGAAAAAGUAUUGGAGCGACCGAAUGGAGGCUGCUGACGAAAAUCAGAGCAUCGUGACGCACUUACCAUCUAUGUCGGGUAUCUCAGACGUUAUUAGCCAGGGAGAAUCCUAUGACAUUGAACUCGGCAUCCCUCCGACUCCUGAGUUUGGGACUUCGCCCAUGACCCCGAAAACGCCGGGGUCAUUGAUACCUCAUACUCCUACCACCGGCAACUACCUUAGCGACUUUCAGUCCGGAUCUUUACCUGAGUUCGUCACGAAGAAUGGCCUGCAAUGGGAUGCAAAGCGCGAAGGUCCAUUGGAUCCUACUACCAUCUUCGUUGGAGGAUUGGAGAUGUAUGGCCCGAACGCCUGGGACGAAGAACGCGUCCGUAACUUGUUCUCAAGGUAUGGUGGCGUAGAGAAUGUCAAAGUUAUCAGGCCAGUUAACAAGCGUUCUGCAUUUGCUUUUGUCACAUUCAAUAACAAGGAUUCUCCUGCUCGAGCUGUCAGUGAAGAGCAUAACAGGAUUCUUGACGGACGCCCAAUCCGCGUUCAACUCCGCGACUGGAACCCUCCGCAUCGCACGAACUGGAGAUCCAAUCGUAACCGCGGGCGAAACCUUGAGGGGAGCAUGGUCCGACAUGGUUCAGAACCGUCACUUGUCUCUAGCGACGAUUUUUGCGUGGAUCCUAAUGUUCAACAACCAUCUGCGACCGCCUUGGAGGAGAGGCUACAAGAGUUGAACAUCGGCCACAAGAUAGCCACCAAAGCUUCAGUCCUCGACGUCGGGCAGUCAGAUGAAAAGCUUGACAUUGCCUCUGAACCUCGACAACUUUCCUCUCUAGUUACGGAUGAUGUAAAGACCGUCAAUCUAGACGACACUGUCUCGCCUCAGGCUGCUUCUAUUGCUACUUCCACCUCACAAACAUCGGUGACAUCAUCUGCCCCUCCUCAACAUAUGGCUUAUCCUGUACCCACGAUGGGGUAUUAUCAUCCUCAAGGAUGGGUAGCUGGUUUCCCACCAUAUCACAUGCAGUAUAUGGGGGCAUACCCUGGAUUUCCUCUUCCGCCACCGAUGAGUCAAUCGUUUCAGCCAGCUAGUGGCGCGGAUGCUCGUGGAACACCUUCAACAACACCUGCUCCGAUUGUUCACCCGGGCAUGUAUGCUCCAUUCAUUCCAUAUCCAUAUCCUGCGAGAACACCCGUGCGAGAGCAAGGCCAGGGACAGACCCCUGUCGCAGCACAAGCACCGCUGAUACCUACGGGGUUCAUUCACGGAGAUCAGGGUAUUCUGGUUCCUGUUUACCCUCCAGACGCUCUGAAUCAAUACAUGUCCGGCGCUCAAGGCGAACAAGCUUCGACCUCCACAGAGGCUGCCCUUGCUUCAGUCCCAAAUCAACCUCCUAAUAAUUGGAAGCCUUAUCCUACGCCUGCGUUCGGACCUGGCAUGUCAGUGCCGCCAGGUAUUCAGCACCCGAAUCCAGGACCGUUUCCGAUAAUGAGUCCAAACGGCUGGAUGCCGAAUCAUGCCCCAUUUGGCAUCAACCAGCAUAUGCAAGCUCCAUCAAAUGUUCCUAUGGGUUCUGGCGGUACACACAUGCAGCCAAUGUUUGAGCAACGCAAUAUCAAUGUACCUCCUCGUCGCCAACACCGCAGAGACCAUCAGUCCAAUUUCAAGAAUGGAGGUCGCGGUCACCCUGGACGUUACCCUCGCGGAUCAUUUGCAUCAAAUGCACCAAUGAACGUGCAUCUCACUCCGGGACCUGAUCACUUCACUAGCUCCCAACGAGACAUGCAAAGCGGUCCUGAAUGGAACCAUUGGGCUCAGUGAUUGCAUCAGCUGUACUGACAUUUCUAGAGUUAGGCACGGUUUGAUUUCUUUGUCACUCCGUACACGUACAUUUUCAUUUUAUCUUCCUUUCUUCAAGCCAAUCAUUCUA